AUGAAGUUCCAAACCAUCAGCAGACUCACGUUCCUCGUUCAAGGUGCCUAUUUGGCUACCGCGGCGUACGCGGACGAUGCCCAGAAACCUCUCACAUCGGGAGACUGUCUUCCAGCGCUGAAAUACGCGCCGGAAAUUGGAAGUCGCCAGUGUUUUGAGAAUUUGCCCGGGUUACGAGCCUUCAGCAGAACGGUCUCACUGACACGGCAUCAUGAUGUUGAAUCCUGUGCUGAGUUGUGUGGUCGUCUUGGGUACUCGCAGGCCGGGAUCAAGCAUUUUCAAAACCGACUAUGUGUCUGCGGAAAUGAGAUCAACAUCAAGACGAACCAGAUCGCUGAUACAGAGAGUACUUGUGAUGAGUCUGGACUCGAGUGCAAAGUGUCGCAGAUACCAUGCGACGAAGAAGAUAUGAUUGAGGUUUAUGAGAUUCGGAACCCAAUUAUCAAUGAGAAGGCCGGUAGCAGUUUCCCGGAUUGCGCGCGUGAACCUCUCUGCUCCCACGACGUGUGCGAUGCGUCGCUCUCAGAUAGGGAUCGAGCCGCGGCGCUGGUGGCAGAGCUGACGAUUUGGGAGAAGCUUGACAACCUCGUCAACGAGGCGCCUGGCGUCCCCCGGCUGGGUAUUCCCCCGUACGAAUGGUGGUCUGAGGGUCUUCACGGAGUCGCGUCAUCGCCGGGAACGAAGUUUGCUUCGGAGGGGAAGUUCAGCUAUGCAACUUCGUUUCCGCAGCCCAUCGUUCUGGGUUCGUCGUUCGACGACGAGCUGGUUAGAGCUGUGGGGGAUAUUGUGAGUAAGGAGGCGAGGGCUUUCAGCAAUGUUGGAAGGUCUGGACUCGAUCUAUACUCCCCAAAUAUCAACGCCUUCAAAGAUCCUCGCUGGGGACGCGGCCAGGAGACACCUGGCGAGGACCCUUUCCACCUACAGAAAUACGUCUCGGCCAUGCUCACAGGUUUGGAGGGCACCGACCCUUCCAAGAAGCUCAUCGCCACUUGCAAGCAUUACGCCGCCAACGACUUCGAGAAUUACAACGGCGUCGAUCGUGCUGGGUUUGACGCCAAUAUCACCACCCAAGACCUCUCGGAGUACUACUUACCGCCCUUCAAGACGUGCGCUGUCGAGAAGAAUGUGGGGUCCUUCAUGUGCAGCUACAAUGGGAUUAACGGCACGCCGCUGUGUGCUAAUUCCUACCUGCUGGAAGAUAUCCUUCGGAAGCACUGGGAGUGGAACGGGGAGGGGCAGUAUAUCUCGACUGACUGCGAUUGCGUCGCGCUCAUGGUCUCAUAUCAUCACUACGCCCCUGACUUGGGACACGCAGCUGCCUGGUCGAUGAAGGCCGGGACGGACCUAGAAUGCAACGCGUUUCCCGGCUCAGAAGCCCUUCAGUUGGCCUGGAACAACUCUCUCAUUUCCGAGAAGGAAGUCGAUAAGUCGCUCACGCGCAUGUACACAUCCCUCGUAUCAGUCGGGCUAUUCGAUUCCGCCAAAGAAGACCCUUUACGCUCGCUGAGCUGGGACGACGUCAACACCAAAGAAGCGCAGGACCUCGCGUACCGAGCAGCGGUCGAAGGAGCCGUUCUCUUAAAGAACGACGGCAUUCUCCCGCUCUCGCUCGAGUCUCCCAAGAAGUACGCCCUCAUCGGACCCUGGGUCACUGCCACGACGCAGAUGCAGGGCAACUACUUCGGUCCAGCCCCGUAUCUGAUUUCUCCUCGCCGAGCCGCGAAGGAUUUGGAGUUGGACUUCACUUACUUCCUUGGGUCGCGAAUCAACAGCUCCGACUCGUCGUUCAAGCAGGCCAUCAAGUCAGCGGAAGCGGCGGACGUCGUCAUCUUCAUGGGCGGCGUCGAUAACACGCUGGAAGCGGAGACUCUUGACCGCAAGACUUUGGCCUGGCCCGAGCCGCAGCUGAAGCUGAUUCGCGCUCUUUCAGAUGUCGGCAAGCCGCUUGUUGUUCUUCAAUUUGGCGACGGACAGGUUGACGACACGGAGCUUCUCGCCAACGACUCCGUCAACGCCAUUCUUUGGGGUGGGUAUCCUGGGCAAUCUGGCGGCAAAGCCAUCCUCGACAUUGUCUUCGGUCGCGCGGCGCCUGCUGGAAGAUUGUCCGUCACGCAGUAUCCAGAGUCUUACAACGAAGCUGUUCCGUCGACGGAUAUGAACCUCCGACCUGUGCCUGGCAACUCCGGUCUUGGGCGGACUUACAGGUGGUACACCGGGCGGACGCCGGUGCCCUACGGAUUCGGGUUGCACUACACAAAAUUCAAUGUGGACAUGAGCUCCAAGAUGGGACCGCUCGUCACGAGAACGGAUCAAGCGGCCGUGAUCGACGACGAAGAGGACGUUGCUGCUGAGAACGUGGGAGAAGUCACGUCGGACUACGUGGCGUUGAUAUUCCUGCGAUCUGAAGCCGGGCCGGAGCCACGGCCUAAGAAGACGCUUGUCGGAUAUACGCGUCUUCGGGAUAUCAAGCCCGGCGAGACAAAGCAGGAGGAUGUUGUCAUCACGAUGGAGCGGCUGGUUCGCGUUGACGAGCUCGGGAACCGGGUGCUGUAUGAGGGUUACUAUGACUUCUCGUUGGAUAUUGAUGAGAAGGUUUCGCAUGGGUUCUUGGUGGGUGGUGACCCGUGGGUUUUUGAGAAGUUUCCGCAACCAAAGGAGAAAGAGACGAGAGAUGAUUGA